AUCAAGCGAUCUUUUCUUCAUGGAGUCCAUAAAUUCGAAUCGCAAAACUGUGAUGCAUUGCUAACUUCGGAAGUGUUUUUGUUGCUUGAGCACAGACGACAGCAGAAUGAAGCAAAAGAUGAAAUUGAGGACAUGAGUGAGGUUUUCAUCAAAACUCUUAACUACGCUCGACGAUUAUCUCGUUUCAAAAAUCGGGAAACAAUCAAAGCAGUUCGUGCAAUAUUCUCACAGAAACCACUUCAUAAGUUUGAGGUGGCCCAGAUAGUUAAUUUGUGCCCUGAGACAGCAGAAGAGGCCAAGGCGCUAAUCCCUUCUCUUGAAAAUAAACUGGAAGACGAUGACCUUGACGAAAUCCUGAGGGAUCUCCACAGUAAGAAAACCUUCCAGUAA